AUGACUGAAGAAGUGGAUCUACUUGACUCACAUGAAAUCCAAAUAGAAGAUGCCAUCAACGAAUUAUGUCCAGAAGAAUCAUCUUUAUCAAACUUACCAUUAUUACAAAUCUUAUUAAGACAAAGAAUCCUAGAAUGUACACAGCGAACAUCAUUGUUAAGAUCAGAACUUGAGAAUACGUGUGAUGAAGAUGGAAUAGGAAUCGAAGCUGAAGGUAGUACUACAGCUGAAGCCAGAGUAACAAGGAUCCAAGAAGGAAUCGGAGCUUUGUUAACUACUUUGGCUACGAUUAGAUCUUCUUCUACUGAAUCUCAAUCGGUAGUCGAAUCUAUUACCAAAGAAAUCAGGUCUUUAGAUUUAGCUAAAGCGAAUAUCGAAAGUGCAGUAGUAGGUUUAAGAAGGUUUGGAAUGCUUGUUAAUGCGUUUGAUCAAUUGGCUAGAGUGGCUAAAGGAAAACGGUAUAGAGAGGCGGCUUCGGCUUUACAAGCUGUUCGACAACUUUCAUCACAUCUACAUGAUUUGUCGACUAGUGUGCCAAGAGUGGCUGCUUUGUUUAAGGCUGUUCAAGAAAUUCAAGGAUUGUUAAGACGAACGAUUAUGGAUGAAUUUAUAGCGGCAAAAAUGGACUUGCUUGCGAUUGGUUUAGAUAGAUUUGAACAUAAAUCAAUGGUUUUGAAUAAAACCCAAUUAAUCGAUUCUUGUCUUGUAGUCGAAGCUCUAGGUGAUGAUGCAAAAAACUCUUUAAUAGAAUGGUAUACUACAUUUCAAUUAAGAGAAUAUCGUCGAAUCUUUUCAGGUCAAUUAUCUGAAGCAGGUCAAUUAGAUAAUAUCACCAGAAGAUAUGCUUGGUUCAAACGACUUUUGAAAAAUCAUGAAGAUGAUCUCAAUGGUGGUGGUGGUGCUAAGAUCUUUCCUGAAUCUUGGCAAGUUGGAGUAAGUUUAUGUGGUCAGUUUGGUGAAGUGACUAGAGAGGAUUUGAAGAGUGUUUUGGCUAGGUCUAGGUCUAGUUUGACGGUUGAGCUUUUGCUUGAUGCGUUACAGACUACCACUUCAUUCGAACGUGAAAUGUCGCAAAAGUUUGGUAUGCCUUAUGAAACUAUAGCUUCUCGAUCCAAAUCGACUCAAGUUGGUUCGGCUACUCCGAUUCGAACAGCUUUUGAAAGUUAUCUAGGAAUCUUUGUAGACGCACAAGAUCAUGCUUUAUCAGAAAUGUUUGUCAGAUUUCGAGCAUCUAAACCUAAACCAAGUGAUUUUAUAAACUCAACAGACCAAGAAACUUCUACAAGUUUAAUCCAAUCUUCAACUGAAUUAUUUCAUUUCUAUCGACAAACGUUAGAUAGAUGUGCAAGUUUAAGUAAUCGAACACCUUUUUUAGAAUUAUAUAAAGUUUAUCAAAAAUGGCUUAGAGUUUAUAGUGAAGAGAUCUUAACAGUUCAUUCAUUAAAUUCACAAGAUCUUGGUAGAACGAGUGUUGAGUUUAAUCGGAUUUCAAUGGAUGUGAAUCGAUUGGUUAAUGUUCCGAAUUUGUUAUGUACUUGUUUGGUGUUGAAUACGGCAGAGUAUUGUGCUGAAACUUCUGGACAACUUCAAAUUAGAUUAAAAGAUAAUAUUGAUGUUGAGUUUAAAGAAUCGGUUUCAUUAGAAUCUGAACAGGAUUUGUUUAGAGGGAAUAUUUCGAUGGCUAUUUCUAGUUUGUUGAAAGAACUUGAAAGAGCUUGUGAGACUGGAUUUACUUCUAUGUUAAGAUCUACAUGGAAAGAGUUAGAAUUUGUUAGCUCUGAAAGUCCUUAUACAAACGAGUUAGUUAGUGCAAUCACACUCGUCGUGAAUAUUGUUAAACAACAUCUUGAACAAAAGAAGUAUGUUCGUAGUUUUUGUGAUAAGGUGGUUGGAAACUUGAUUUUAAAAUUCACUCAAACCAUAGUUAAAUGUAGACCGAUCCCAAUGAUUGCAGCCGAACAAAUCAUCUUAGAUUUACAAGUCAUCAAAUCAUGUUUAUUAACCUUACCACAAAUCGAUCCGGAAGUUCCGAUUCCAAUGGCAUAUACGAAAAACGUUUUGAAGAGUGUAGGAAGAUUAGAUCGGCUUUUGAAAGUGAUUUUGAUUAAUGAAGAACCGGCUGAAGAGUUUGUUAAGAAUUAUUUGUUGUUGAUCCCGUGUCAAUCGUUUUCAGAUUUUCAAAAAGUUUUAGAUUUAAAGGGUGUUAAAAGGCAUGAACAAAAUAAUUUAUUAGAUGUUUUUUUAUCUAAAACUUCAUUACAAUCUGAUUUAGAUGAUACAUCCUUCAUUUCAAGUUUAGAUAUGAAUCCCGAGAUGAUGAGUACGAUCAGUAGUACGAAUCUAUUACAAUUCUCAGGACUCAGUCGAGAAACUUCUAGAUCAUCUACUCCUAACAAAUCAUCUCAAUCUAAUCCACUCAUUCAUUCAAGUUCAGUAGGAUUAAGUCCGGAAUCCAAUCUUGAAAGUCAUGGUGGUAGUAAAGCUUUGUCAGAUUUUAGAAGGUUUGGUCAGAAAUUAGGAAUGGGAUUGAGGUUUUCUAGAGAAACUAAACAUAAUGAUGGGAAUUGA